CCGCAUAAGAAACCUCGGGGAAGGAUUUUAUCCCAGAAUAGAAACCAUUUCAGCGAAUUUCUAGUUAUGAUUCACCGGUGGCUAAGUCUUUUCGAGCGCCAAAUGGCGUGUCUGAGAAAGCUCAAGGAGGAUAUUUCCGUACUGGAGUCCCUUUUUCCGAAAAAUCAUGAACGUUUGCAGGCAAGUGUUGAUUCCAGCUCUUUCUAUUCCAGUAAUGCUGAAAAAUUCUUUCAGAAGGGCCUCAAAUUUGCUGGAAUUAACGAAGAUUAUCCCAGACAAGCUCCAUUAUGGUUCAGCGAAUCUGAUGAUGCCGUGAUUUGUUCAGCACUGGAACUCAUCGUUGACUCAUCUGCGAACGCAAAGAUUCUGCAUCAUAUUCACAAGCUCGUAUCGGAAUUAUGUCGCCAGUACAACGUCACCAUUCCUUCCGAACUUACUCGUUUGGCUCCCGAAGAAGAUGAUGAUAUGAAGGAUGAGGGGCAAGGAAGUGACAUGGAGUCGGAAGAUGAAGCUGAAGAACUUGUGGAGAUUGCCGAAGUUGAUAUGACCGAAGAAGAGCCUCACGGCAGCACUGAUGACGAUGUUUCACCAGAGGGCAAGGAAAUGCUCGAGAAAAUCACUCGUUCUACUCGUCAGCAACAUCUUAAUGGAAAUAUACAAGGAUCAGUGACCGCAACAGAUCGACUGAUGAAAGAAAUGAGAGACAUUUACAGGAGUGAACACUUCAAGAAUGGAGUUUAUUCUGUUGAGCUAAGAGAUGGAGAUAAUUUGUAUGAAUGGUGGGUCAAACUGUACAAGGUAGACACUGAUAGCGCUCUUUACACCGAUCUUUUGACGCUUGCUUCAGAACACAAGCAGGAUCAUAUCUUGUUUCAUUUCCUUUUCAAUGAGAAUUUCCCAUGUGAUCCUCCUUUUGUGAGGCUAGUUUCACCAACGGUUUCCAACGGGUACGUACUUGGAGGAGGAGCCAUAUGUAUGGAAUUACUUACUAAGCAAGGAUGGUCGUCAGCCUAUUCGAUCGAGUCGCUAAUCCUGCAGAUUGCUGCUACUUUAGUGAAAGGAAAAGCUAGGAUACAAUUUGAAGCAAAAGCACAGUACAGCUUGGCAAGAGCUCAACAGUCCUUCAAAUCACUGUUUUGUGCCAAUGCUUUUCUAAGUGUAACUUUACAUUCACGCAUUCGUAAGUAUCUAUACCCGUUCAUAGUCACAACUGGUCAUUGGACAAUGGAAUUAUGCUUAGUUAUUCCUCUUGACGGUUUAAGAGGGUUGUGA